ACACCAUUUGUUGAGCUCACAAGUGGAAAGCGGCUCUUGUCUUCAUUUCCUGUUAGUGAGCUUCCCAGGAAAGCUUGCUUGAUAAGUGUAUGAGCAGAACAUAAGACUAGGUGGACCUUUGGUCUUACCUGGUGGGAUUCGUGCUGCUCUCUUCUUAAACUUAAAAAGCAUUCAUGCCAAGGCACUAGCGAUGGAGUUUCUCUGUGCUUUCUUUCUGGUGCUGCUUUGGGCUUUUGAAAACAGGGACAAUGUUUAGGCAAACAUUUCUUUUAGAGAAGCCCAGGUAUCAAACCAUCCUUCCCCCUAUUCCCAUAUCUUAGCAAACAUGCAAACAGUGUGGGUGACAGGAGGAGAAACCUCUAGCUAUUUCCUCCUGAUGGGUCCUUCUAACUGAGCAAUCUGUUUAGUCUGAUCUCAGUGUCCUCUGAUAUGUGGGGUCAGGGCGUUUUGGGCUCCUCAUCUAGUGAGAUCAUCACAUGUUGUGAUGUGAUACUUAAUUUACUAGCGUGGUCUGCAUGUGAUGUUUAUUUGGCCACAGUGCCAUAAUAUGAUGAGAAAAUGAGUAGUCAGAUAGUUAAUAUGUGGCUCACAGGCUGAAGAUGAAUCAUAAUCCCAGGCUUCAUAACAUCGAAAAUUUUGCUGUUAAUUUCCUUCUGUUGUGGACAGGCUGGCAAGUAUCUGCUCAUUUUAAGAAUCCUUUUUCCUGUAGUUUUUAAUCUCAGGUUGGUGGGAGUGUUUGUACAUUACGUCUUCUCUCUCUUUUUAACAUUUGUGGUUUUAACAGAGAUAGUUUGGGCAAUUUUUAUGUUUCUCUGAAAAUGAGAAAUGCCUCAGUUAUAUUAUAAAUCAACAACCACGGAAAUGGUAACCAUCAGGAAAUCGUUUGCAGGUCCCGAAUCCACUAUCAGACAAGCUGUUGAUUGCUUCAUUUGUGUGGAGGAAGAAGAAGCAAGGAGGAAGGUGAUGAAUGAGGAUAUUCGAAUCCAUACGUGGCCCUGUUCCUAUUACGUCAACCAAGAGAAACGAUGGAUUCCUGGCAAACUCUCGCUGACUCCCGUUUCGGUCAGAUUUACAGCUGACAAGUCUGGAGAGCUGGUGGCCAGCUUCCAUCUUUCCUGCAUCAGUGAGAUCAAGAAGGAAUCUUCCCACUUCAUCUUCAGUUCCCUCACUAUUUUGGAGAAUAACACGAAACACUGGUUCAGCUCCCUUCAGCCCAACCGCAAUGUGGUCUUCAAUGUCCUGGAACACUUUUGGAGGGAGCAGCUGCUCUCUGCUCAGGGGGCUGGAGCCCAAGCCGCCUGUCCCCAGACAGCCAAAGGGAAAGAGCUAACCGGUUUGCUUACAAGCUCUCAGAAACGCCUAGAAGACACCGCAAAAGUGCUUGACCACCAAGGCGAACAGUUUGACAACAUCAUGAAGGGCCUGAACAAGAUUGAAUCAGAGAUGGAUGUAGCAGACAGGUUAUUAUCCGAAUUGGAAUCUCCCUCCUGGUGGCCAUUUAGUGGCAGACUGAUGAAAGGACCCUUAGAAGGGGCAAAGCCAAAGGAAGUUCCCACAGCCUCUGAUCCUGGAAGUAAAGAUGGUGUAAUAAUACAAAUCCCAGUUAUUAUCACCGAAAGGGCAGACUCUAACGUCAAGCCGGGCAAACUUACUCUCUUGGCUUCUGGCCUGGAGAUAGUUGACGCCAAUUCUCAGCUCCUUCAUCGAUUUGACAAGAAGGAUGUUGACGAUGUCAAAGUUCAUACACCAUAUGAAAUCAGUGUCCGGCAGAGGUUCAUCGGCAAGCCAGACAUCGCCUAUCGGUUGCUGUCUGCAAAGAUGCCAGAGGUGAUCCCUGUCUUAGAGAUGCAGUUCAGCAAGAAAAUACAGUUCCUGGAGGAGGCUUUCGGGUUUGUUCAGUCAAAGAAGACCCAUCAGGAAGAAGUUGGGACGUCCGUCUGGCAAGCAGCAACCGGACUGAUAGGAAGCAUGGUGCGCCCUGGAUCGAUGCUGCCCUCCGAUCAGGAAGCAGGAAGUAGUCGGCAGUCCCAGCUCCAGAAGCAAGAGCAGCUUGUUUCCGAGACCGAGACUCAGGAGCUCAGACAAAUCCUGCGGAGGCUCAAGAGCCUGGCCUUGGAAACAGAGACGGAACUGGAGAGGCAGGAUGAAGUCUUAGAUGUCAUCACCUCUUCCGCGGAUCGAGCCACCAUGAACAUUGACAAGCAGAACCGGAGAAUGAAGAAACUGACCUAGUGUCCCGCAGGUCCCAGCCAUGCCGGUGGAGGUGGCUGAUGCGUCGUCAAGCCAUCGGAUCUCAGUUGACAUUUGGGGUGUCGAGCUUUUAAGGAAGCUCGCGUUAGUGAGGAGAAAAGACAGAACAUUAGAGGUGAUUUGGAAAAGGUUUUGCUCAGUCCCGGGAGCACACAGUCGUAACUGUUAGAACGACGAGUGUUUGCUGUCGACCUGGGCAGCCGUUUGACUUCUUGCAGAUCUGGGAAGGCCGUGUUGCCUUUUCUCAGCUGCCUUUUGAGGAAACGAAAGAAGGGAAGUGUCGAAAAUGCAGUGGUGCACAAGAGAGAGCUCUGACACGCUCAUGGAAACAAAGGCCAAACAUGACUUGCACAUUUCUCUUUUGAUUGACCUGCCGUGUGAUUGACCUGUCAAUAGUUUUAGUAGCACUUUCCGUCUCUUCACUUCUUCAGCCAUAAAGGGAAUGUUUGCCAUGUUUUUGCCUUAAGAGCAUGCAAUGAGGGAAUUACGAGAAACCCGUGCGGUCCUCGCACCAUAGGGGGAAGCCCUUCUGGUCUGGUGUUUGCUUCCCACUGGGAUUGUUCGGAUACGUCUGGAAGUUGUAGAGCCCAGGGGAAGAAAUAUUUCCUUGGACUUCAGCUCCAGCGUGGCCAAGGAGUAGGCGGGUUGAGGCAUCCUAGGAGUUACUGCCAAAAAAACCUUGGGAAAUGAUUCUUGCUGACUUUUUAGCUGCCUCCUUUUACACUCCUCUGUCUCUGAACAGAGAGUCCCUGUUCAAGCUGCUCAUGACUGAUGGCCGUUGUGGCAAACCGUCAUCAGCUGCCCAUUGUCCUAGUCCCUUUUUCAUGCCUUCCUAAGGUAAGGCCAGUCUCCUGCCAACUGGAACAACCUUUCCUGGCUACAACCUGAAAGUAAAACGUCUCUUGUGUUUCUGAAUCCUUUUCUAAGGAGACGGAUCAGUUAAGGGCGAGACUCUUGGAGAAGCUAGUUUUAUAAAGGAAUAACUAUAGGUGAUGCUUGAAAUUCUUUGCUCUUCUGUUAAAUUAGGGUUAGGUUGCACGUCUACUCAACUAGGUAGGCUUUAUCUGAUAGCUUUCUUGUACACCUUUCCCCCGCAACCUUGUUUAAGAGUUAGUUUUAGGUGUUAUGUAAUAUAGCAU